GCGGUGCGGGCAUUCCCACCAUUGGCAGUCCCGGCAGGCCAGCUAGCAACAUACAGAGAGAUGUUGUCUCUCCCCAUGGAACUUGCGGGGGGAGGAGGGUUCAGUCAAAUCUGUCUGUGGGUUUGGGGUCUCGCCGACGCAUGCGAUGCGGUCGAUCUUGUCGAGAUCUCAGACAAGGAGGAGAGACACGGGACGGAGAGACAUUGUCAAAACGGCAAGCAUCGUCACCCGUUUCGUCGCCAUCAAACGCGGUUACCUCAUCUUGCCGCGGCUCUUCCGUGGGCUGGCAGACAUCCCAGACGCGCUCAUUCCGUAACAUCGCGGCAAUUUCACACUAAACUUGGAGAACUUGGGGGAGAGAGACGCUGCGCGGAGCAGGGGGCCCAUCUGCCAGCCUGAGAGGGCUGAGUCGUAUGACAAGCAUCUGGCCGCCCUACCAAUUAACCCGAGGCCAGCAACGAUGGCGGGUGACGGAACCCCAGCUCGGUUGAUGCCCUUUGAAGGACUGCCUUGCAUUUUUUCCCUAAUAACCUCCGUGCCCAACACCCUUUGCACCCAUGCUCGCAG